CGUGGGAGGACUCGUUGUGGGUGUACCGUGUAAUCGGGCUGGCCCCAGACACUGAGCUCAUGAAUAAUGCAGCUGCCAAACUUUCUGCGCCGCCCUAACUCUGAGCGUUUUGGGUAACUUUGUUUGGGAUAGUCCGAGCGCAGUCGCUGCCGCCGCCUCCUCCGCGGAAAGUCGUCAACCGCUUCAAGAGCCGGAGGAUGGGUAUGUAAAAGGGGGGGAAGGAAAACAGAGGACCCCCGCCCCCAAAGUCGCUUAUUUUGGGCCGCCUUGAAAGAAAGGCUGACAGAUUCGAGCCUGAUCGCGCUCUGCUCAGCUCCAGAGGGAGGAACGGUAGGUCAGGCCUGGAACCGAAAGCUGCAGGAACCGAGGAAGCGCCAGCAUUCCAAAUCAGAACGUUCCCGGACCCUCCAGCGUUCUAAAUCAGAACGUUCAGCCACCCGGAUACUCGCUCGCGCCCCAGGCCCCUCUGGAAUCCAGGCAGCGGCUGAGCCCUCCCCUCCUGUGACAGCCGCGACUGGAGAACUUUCCCUGCGCCCUUUAAAGGAACUGCCUUCUUAGAGGGAAUUGGAAUAAGUCUGUAAAGUUGCGGGAGGGGGAGGGGGGUGCGGAAUUGCAUAACUUUCCGUCGGGGCCCGACUUGGACGUGCUUCGUCUGCUCUUGGAGAUCCUGCUAGAUAAAGAGACAUUUGGGGAAGGGAAGAGGCGGCUGGCUUGAAUUUGCUGUCGGGGCCUUUGGCACAGUGGCCUGGAGAACUUUUGGUCCGCUGCUGACUGUCUUGUGUCUUAGAGGAGGAGGAGGGAGCCGUCUUGUAGCUGUUGACCCUCCCGUCGAGUAACUAUUUGCGGGAGGACGGGCGGGGAGGGAGGCUGGCAAGGGAUUGGAGAAGGUGAGAUCCUGACCCCCCUGCUCUGAUCCUCCGCCGGUUCUUUGCGAGGGCUUCCUGCACUCAAGUCCCGUAGCGCGAGGUGGGAAAAUGAACCCUGCCUCCGUCCCUCCCCCGCCGGGACAGCAAGUGAUCCAUGUCACCCAAGACCUGGACACCGAUCUCGAGGCGCUCUUCAACUCGGUGAUGAACCCGAAGCCCAGCUCGUGGCGGAAAAAAAUCCUGCCCGAAUCCUUUUUCAAGGAGCCGGACUCGGGGUCGCACUCGAGGCAAUCCAGCACCGACUCGGGCAGCCACCCGGCUCGGCUGAGCAGCGCCGCCGUCGGGGUCCACCACGUCCGCUCGCACUCCUCGCCCGCCUCCCUGCAGCUGGGCGCGGGAACCGGAGCCACUCCGAAUUCGGCUCAGCAGCACGCUCACCUUCGCCAGCAGUCCUACGACGUGACCGACGAGUUGCCCCUGCCUCCGGGCUGGGAGAUGGCGCUCACGCACACGGGCCAGAGGUACUUCCUCAACCAUAUAGAAAAAAUUACAACAUGGCAUGAUCCUCGAAAGACAAUGACCCAGCCGCUGAAUCACAUGAGCCAUCAUCCCCCAACCACUUCUGCCCCAGUAUCCCAGCGAUCAAUGGCAAUGUCACAACCCAACCUUGUAAUGAAUCACCAGCACCCACCACAAAUGACACCAACUACAACCAUGUCUCAACAGAGCCACCCUACCCAAAACCCUCAGGGUGGCUUAUUGAACAUGCCAAAUGCACUGACUUCCCAGCAGCAGCAGCAACAGAAACUGAGGCUUCAGAGGAUCCAGAUGGAAAGAGAGAGAAUUCGCAUGCGCCAGGAGGAACUGAUGCGACAGGAAGCGGAUUUGUACAGGCAACUUCCCAUGGAGUCUGAGAACAUGGCCCCUGUUCAGACUGCUGUGAGCCCACCUAACAUGACCCAAGAUAUGAGAUCUAUCACAAAUAAUGGAUCGGAUCCUUUCCUGAAUAGUGGGCCAUACCAUUCCAGGGAGCAGAGCACAGACAGCGGCCUAGGCUUAGGAUGCUACAGCAUACCAACUACACCCGAAGACUUCCUCAGCAAUGUAGAUGAGAUGGACACAGGCGAUAAUGUAGCACAGACACCAAUGAAUAUCAAUCCACAGCAGACCCGUUUCCCUGACUUCCUUGACUGUCUUCCAGGAACAAAUGUUGAUCUUGGGACACUGGAGUCUGAAGAUCUGAUCCCUAUCCUCAACGAUGUGGAUGCGGUCCUCAACAAAAACGAGCCCUUUCACACUUGGCUGUAAUUGAUCUUCCAUGCUUGGUUCAGAAUCGUUGAGAUCCAAGAUCUCCUUUUCUCUUUGACAGAUAAAUGCAGAACAGCCUCAAGUCUCUCAGCUAGCCAAUGGUGCCUUACUGACUUUUGAGACACCCUUUCAUGUCUUGGUUUCAUUGGCAAUAACUUAAGUAUGAAAUAUAUGCAAAUAUAUACAUAUAUAUAUCUAUUUUAAAGAAGUAGAAUUAUGUAUAUGUAUCUAUAACCUAUUGUUUUUAGUUAUGUAGAAACGUUCGGAAGACAUGGGGAAGUUUGUUGCCUGUGUCAGAACUUACAGUCAUUGGUUACACAGUCAGAUUUUAUUGAACCAAAAAAAGUUGACUACAAGAAGCUUUUGGCUGCAGAAGGCAGCUUGGUUCCAAAAACCUUAUAUGUAAUAAAGUCAUAUGCAGUUCUGUCACUGUGUUUAUGACGAUAGUACCAAAUGUGUGUUUUUUUAAUCUAUAUAACUUGAGCUUUAAAAGUCACUGUAUCUUUUAGUAUACUUGUGCUGCAUGGGAUAUAGAUUUGUUUUUUUAAAAAAUCAGAUCAGCCACAGUGCGUUAGAUCAUUUUUAAUACAUGCAAAGGCACAAACAAUACUAUUUUGCAAUUGUUCAGUAUAGCUCUUUACGGCAUUUAGGUAGUAAUUAUUCCCAAUCUGGUGAAAUGUUUUAGUUACACUUUUUUUACACUACAACCCUAUUGUAAAAUAGGCCAGAUUGAGUACUAACCAUUGCCAUUUAUAUCUAUAUCUAUACCUAAAACUGCAAAUGUGAUUACAAACAGGUCCUUUUAAAAAGUACACGUUAGAUGUAUCUUUAAUAUAUAGUACAAUGGACUAUACCAACACUAUUAUUAAAAAAAACUUUAUGGCAACUUUUGGUUGUGUCAAACAGAAACGAGGCUAGUUGGCAAAAUUAUAUUUUAAGAAUUCAUCACACAGCUUUGACUUUACUGAUGGCAGUAAUGUUUCAUUUUGCAAAGCCUUAUUUAGCCUUUAAAAAAAGAAAGUGUGUAUUUUGUUGUUGAUACUUAAAACACUAGAAAGAAACUUCAUUGUAACAAGCCAACCAAUCAGUGAUAAACCAGUCAACCUGGCGGAGAUGCUAUAGGAUCUUAGCCGGGUGCUUGUCACUUUUGACUUAUGGGACACAAAGCACUAUAUUUGUUGUAGGUCUAUCCAUACCUAUUAUAGUCAUCUAAUGAGUUUUUAAAAUAUCUUAUAUUUGGGACUGAGAAUGCAUCAAGGACAUCAUAUCACUAGUACCACUGGAAUGCAAAUGACGUCCUGAGAUUCUUAAGUAUUUUGAAUGGAUAAUAUUUAUAGUUUUGUGAAGUUAAGCUUUUUUUAUAUAAAGAAAUGCAUCUCUUAACAGAAUGCACGACACUUAACACAGGCCUUUAAAAUAUGCUAUGCAAGACAAGAGACAUAAUACUUGACUGUGUGUUGGGUUGAAUAGUAAAGCAUGCUCAUUACUAUACCAGAAUUACUGGAUAGAGGAAGUUGUUUUCCCCACUUCCUGUUGUUGAUGAAAAAAGUAGGUGAAGUGGAUGGAGGUUGGAGUGGCUGGAACAGGGCUUUGCAAGGAGAAUGGCUGUGGCAAAAAUACUGAUAGUAAUGCUGGAGUGUCUGAGAAUGACAGAUCAGGGGAAAUGCCAAAACAGAGAACCACCAUUGGUCAAUGAUAUACCUGUGAAUACUGCCUUGGGGCUUGAAGGCAGCUGUACUGAGCUGAUAGCACCAGGUUUCUUUUUAACUUUUUACAUGUUGGCAAUCAAAAAUUUAAAAAGAUGAAGUUCAAUGUUGAUGGAGAAAACACUUUAAAAAUAUUGGUAAGUGGGGAAGGGGCAGAGUUGAAAAGCAUAUAGUUAUGGGUCAUAUAAGUAUUGCUUUUCUUUUGGGCAGACUAUUGCAUCUGCAUAGAACUUUUUCAGUCAGUGGGCAUUUUUUUCCUUUUUUGUUCCAAAGUUCCCCUCCCCUUUGCACAUUAAAUUAAUAAUUGAGCAGAAAACUGGACUUCCUGACAGUAAGGGACAGUGCAAACUCAAACAAUCAAACUGCAUUUCCCAUCAUUUACAAUUAUUAGCCUUACUUU